CUCAAAGCAGACAAUCAGAUUGCAAAAAGGAGCACUCAGCAGCGCGAGUGACAUUUCUUUAAGAGGGGAGCUAACCCGCGGAGUUCGUCAGCACUUUGAAGAGCGCAAAAACUAUACAGGCUAUUAAGUAAAAAGGAAUAAAUUAAUGUCAAUAUACAAGAAUUGCUAAAGGGUAUCUGUAAACUGGAGUGAAUAAUUUAGCUAAGUAUCCAACAUUCGGCACAGAAUUACAUAGCUAACAAUUUGAGGAGGUUCUCAACCAGACAAGAUGAACCGAUGCACAGCUGCGUUACUUUUAUUGGUUAUUGCCAUAUAUUUUCUCAACGUAGAAGCGUACAAGUGCAGGUGCACACGGAAGGGUCCGAAGAUCCGGUAUAAGGAUGUGCAGAAACUGGAGUUAAAACCUAAACACCCCUUCUGUCAAGAGAAGAUGAUCUUCGUUACCAUGGAGAACGUGGCUCGCUUCAAAGGGCAGGAAUACUGCCUGCACCCUAAACUUCAGAGCACCAAAAACCUGGUGAAGCGCUUCAGGAUUUGGAAAGACAAGAACAGGGUCUAUGAAGCCUGAGGCCCAGCUGGACACGAAAGAACGGAGCGAAAAACGUCCAUCGAUUAGACUGUUUUCAUAAAGCACAAGACAUAUCCCAAAACAAACCCGUACGGCUUCCUCAAUUACACAGUAGGGUGAGAUUUACCAAGGACAUACAAAUCAUUAUACAGUUCGACCAUCGUAAAUAAAGAACGAAGUCAGUAAGACAUGACAGUAUCGUGGACAUAAGUAUUUUUCAAUCACGCACUUCAUAGUAGUAUGUCCUCUGUGUACAUAUUAGACUAUUUACCAAUUUCAGAAUUAACCUGCAACGCUGUAGGAACGGUCCUUGAUAAGUCUGAUCCACAGAGUGUUUGGAAUAGGAGAGAAAAAAGACACCCCUAACCAUUCCAGGAACAAAGACGAUUGUCACAGAGCAUAUAUUGGGGUGCACUAGUUCUUACACUCAGAUUUACACUGUUGUGUCUUUCUGCACUUAGUGUAUGACAAACAUAGCAUACUUGUGUAGUUAAAUGGAUAAAGGGAAUUGUUUUGUUAAAAAUAUUUUUAAUAGAAAAUGUUCUGUUCAGUUUUAUAAACUAUGUAUUUAUUUUUACUGUAAGACCCAGCAUCAUAGUUUCUGUCAUAUUAUUUUCGUAAGUACAUUGGUAUGAAGAGAUUAUAAUCCAAACCAGGCAGACGUGUGUGAAAAGGGAUCUGUAAAUUCAGGAAGUGAACAUCUUAGCCUUAGCUUGACUCAGUCCUGGCUGUCAGUGGGUUACUUGUACAGGAUAACAACAACAUGCCUUUAAAUAAUGGUUACUAGAACCCUGCCCCCAAUAUUGUAAUAUGUUUACGAUUUGAAAUUGAACAAAACAAUUUAGCCAGGGUCUUCCUUUCAGUUAUUUAUCAGCGUAUAUUAACUGUUAACUGUUCACAAGUUUCCAUUCACAAGCUUAUCGUGUCUGUGAGUGAAAUAGGAAUCAUUCCCUCUCUCCCGUCAAAUUAAGUACGUAACAUCUGUGACCAAUAACCAAGGUCAGUAGCUUUUUGUUCUCUCCAUCUUUCCCCCUGGACUGUAGUCUCAAUUGUUUGAAUCUCUCUGGUGGUAAAGCAGUCCUAUUGCACUUUUAAACAAAUACAUUUUAAAAAGUUUAUUUAUCACGUGCAGUGUUGUUUUAAGAUAUGCACAUUAUUGACAGACCAGUUCAUCAACAUUCAAAUACUCUUUGAUGAAAAAAGUUUUGUGACAGACUGCAUAGCUAUUUUUUAUUUUCCUGGUAUGAUCCAAAACUAUUCCAUUUUAUGGCUAUGUGAGUCUAACCAUCCAGUGAAGUUCUUUACUUAGGGGUUUAAUUAUUUUGUAAGCUGUUAUUUUGAUUAAUAUUUCAUAUGAGGCCAUUUGCAUUUUCCACCAAACUGAAUGUUAUGUCUAAUACUUUAUUAUUUGCUAAAACUGUAUUCUACUUGUUUUUUAUCCUAUAUAUAAAUAUAUAAAUAAACAGCUUGUAAAUAGACCACUAGCCUAUGAUACAGAAAAAGCAAAUUCACGAUAUCUUAGUGUAAUGUAUUGUAUUACUGGAGUUACCUUUUGCUUUGUAAAUGUUCAAUAACAGAAAUAUUGAAGUUUUAGAAUUGGGGCUCACCCACCCAACCUGUCUCCAAGAAAUCCCAAGGAGUAUAUGUAAUGACAAAGCAAUAAAAUGAUUUGAAACAACAA